GUUCUGUGGUACAGUACAUACAACAAAAUGCUAACACACGCGCAAACGUUAACGUUAACGUUAACGUGCCCUGUUAACUUGCAUACGUAUAUGCCCCGCAGCCACAUUACUGCAGGCAUAAUAUAUUUUAGCAAUUUUUUGGCAAAACUGAUAAUUUCAGCUGCAACUCCAGUGCAUAUUACUUGUGAAAUUUCGCGCAAAUUACUCUUGCUUUCCGGGAAAUGACAGCAUUUACCACUGGGCAUAUUUGCACCAUUUGCGGCAGCAUGCGUACAGUAGCGUAAGCGCCGACAACUGUUGUAUUCUAAAUGUUUUAUCAAAAUUUAAUUACCAUCCAUAAAUUGCUGAACCACAGAAGAUGCCAUUGCCCAUCUUAUCAGCAAAUAGUGCUUUCCGUUGCCGCAUCCCCGUAUAGUCUGAUAAUAUCCGGAUGGAAUCCAUAAAAUUCCGGCCAUGCUCAUAAAUGUUUUCCAGUAAAUUUCGAAAUUUCCUCCAACCCUGAUGCGCCGCACGCGUGCUAUCACUACCGUGUUAUGUUACCACUACACCAUGUCGUCAAUGCGCAAUUCGUAUCGUUUGCAGCCUUGAUACAGCUUCCUUCUGGUCCGAAUUUAUCUACGGCGACGUGCGGUCCAUGCGUGCAUGUGUAGGACAAUGGCGGCGACGUUAUUUAGUUUCUUGGUUGUUGGAUUGUUUGUCAAUAAUCUGCUUAACUUUUCGGUCAUCGCUCAGACAAGGACACAGUGUGCAGCGGUGGAGGAUGGCUCUUGUCUGAAUGUGACACUUCCUUACACGAGCCGAGUAGCCGGUACCGGUGCGACCGGUGUUCCGUUACCGCUCACGGACAGUGUAGUGAACAGUUUGCGAUAUCUUCCUGAAUGCUGGAGACUGUUUCAACCGAUCUAUUGUGGAUUAACAACCCCAAAAUGUCAUGCAAGCCGCAGAUAUUAUUUAUUACGCCAUGUAUGCCAGCAAAUGCGAGCGGCUUGUGCACCGUUUGUGGAUAGACUGCCGAAUUUCUUUGGGAACUGCUCGGAUCCCUAUCUGUAUGCGCAGGAUAACAACACCUUGGACAUGGAAUACACGCUGGAGAUGACCAGUCUACAGAAUUUUUCAAUUGGAAUAUGCCCCGAUUCUCUUGUUCGUACGGACGAUGCUCACAGAUUCUACACUGACAUUAACGAAUGCGGAAUCCGAUGUGAGGAUCCAUUUUUAAGUUACAACGAGCAGAAUUCUUUUAGAAUGGUGAUGCUGUUCUUUGUGAUGUUGUGCCUGACGCUGAAUACGUUUGGAAUGGUUUCUCUCAUACUUAAACUUCGUGUGGCCAAAGCAAUCGGUUUCAAUCCGGAUACGUGUGCCUUAAUGAUGAACAUCUCAUUUGUACUGUCCUCUCUGGGAUACUUACUCCAGUUUUUCCCCGGUAUACGGAAUAUCACUACGUGCUCUAAUGAUGGGCUACGACUGGUGCUUGACCGUUAUGCCGACGGAACGGAUCGCGUUGGGUUAUGCUUACUGACCUUUUUCCUGACAUACGUAUUUACACUGUCCAGUUUUGUGUGGUUCGGCCACUUGAUGUUUGCUUGUUACCUGGAUUUCCAAAAAAUUAUCAACUCCUACAGAAAAAGCAAAGCUGUGCUAUUCACUCUAAGCCAGUCCAGCUGGGUUUUCUUCCAUGGAACCGGUUUUGUCCUUCCAAUCAUCGUGGCCAUUGCUGUUGUUUUCUUACACGCGGUGGAAGGCAAUUCUAUGUUGGGCGUAUGCUGGAUUUCGCCGCUGAAACACAAGAUCAAGGCGCUAUUUGUUUUGGCACCCUUCGCUGUGGUCCUCAUCGUAGCCUGUGUUUUUAUUGUACUAUAUUGGCUAAAUCUUCGACAAUCGCAGCUGAGUCAGUUCGGCACACUAAAAACGCAGCGUAAUGUCCUGCGUCGGCUACGACUAGUCGGUAGCUUGUGUGUGCUUAUAACGGCGUUCCACGUAUUCCAAUUUGGAGGAUUCUGGGGCGUCGUACAUAACGAGCCAUUCUGGAGAGCAAAACAGAAAGAAUAUAUCGAGUGUCAGCUCUGGCCAGCAAACCUUACGGAUCCUAAACAAUGCUUGUCCAUAGUGGAAUCCGUGAAGAAUUCCUAUUUGGCUGUUUACUAUUGUUUGAUCCUGUCGUAUUUCGCUAAUGGGAUAACGAUUAGCACGUGGACCUGGAAUAUUGCUAACAUAAAUCGCUGGAAGAAAAUGCUAACCGGCAAAGAAAUACCCGAAGAGCCUUAUUCCGACUAUCGGACUCGAUCAGAAUCACAACGAUCACAAAAGGAUAGUCUGAUAAGCAAACCAAAAUUAUUUGAUCGUCCCCGAUCUCAGUCCAAAAAAAGUAACCCCGAUCACGAUGUGGGAUCUCCGGCACUAAUCGUCGAUGAUCAUGAAGUUCCUAUGCACACACCAUCUGAUCCGGUACAGAACGUACCUUUUGAAAUGACUCCACUGGCGCAGCGAUUUCGGCGCACUUCUAUUGUUCCUGGAUGCAUGAGUCCAUUUAUGUAUCGCUUUGUGGUAAAGGUCACCGAAAACACACCCGGAAGAAAAAUCUCAUCCGUUGCUGACUUCACUCAAAUUACGAGGUUGCAAAACUGGCAAGAAGAGGCCAAACGCGCUCGGCUGAACCGGACGCGUUCCAAAGGAUCAGGACGCGAUGUCUCGUUUACCAUCGCAGAAGUUUGAUGACUGCGAAAUUCAACAGUCCAGCUCAUUGCAUUCUGCGAUCUUGGUGCUUCCAAGAUGCCGUGUCAAUAACAGUUCUGCUUUUUGUUCCUGUUGCUGUGAUAUAUAAUCGGGAAAAACGGAUCAGUGGCGUGGUUUUUAUCGGCUAGUCUAACCAGCGUUCAUUUUAUUGUUAGUUGCCUAAGUAUUUUCAACAUUUCAUCAUUUAUAGCAGUAGACUGAACACUGAAUGUUGCCAUAAUUAUAUAAAACGGUAAAACGACCCAGACUGCAAGAUAAUCCCGUUAAGGGCCAGAAAAGAGAAAAUUACAAUUAAAAGCAAAUAGUCCACAAGAUGCGAAAACGGUUUAAUAUCACUGGUAUAAACUCCCAAUUUUAAUAUUCUCCAUUUUCUUCUUCCCCGCCUUCAGUGGAAUCGGCACCAGCCUCUUCGUAAUCCUUCUCCAGUGCUGCCAAAUCUUCGCGUGCUUCACUAAAUUCACCCUCCUCCAUGCCCUCACCCACGUACCAGUGAACGAAAGCGCGUUUUGCAAACAUCAAAUCGAACUUAUGAUUAAGCCGGGCCCAUGCUUCCACGAUAGCGGUGGUGUUGCUCAACAUGCAAACUGCGCGUGGCACCGCAGCCUGGUCGCCACCGGGAACAACGGCUGGAGGUUGGAAAUUCAGGCCAACCUAAGGAGUACAGCAUAACGAACUGCACCUUGUCAUAUAAUUUAAGCAUAGUCUACGCCGUCGCGAGAAAUAUAACCUAAAACUGCUAAAAGGAUAUUUACUCUCGCAACCGAAAAUGAAUGAUAAUAAAUACACUAAUUAAAAAAGUUGAAAUCUUGAUAUUUCCUAUUUAACCUCAGCAUGUUUGGAAAAUAUUUAAAGCGAAAUAAACACCAAACAUA